AUGUCAUCCCUAAUAGAAUUCCUUAUAGUCAGCAAUAACCCGCAGUCGCCGUACCGCACGGACGAGUUCGAGCUGGCGGAGGGCGGGCCGUUAGAUUGGAUGUCAUCCCUAAUAGAAUUCCUUAUAGUCAGCAAUAACCCGCAGUCGCCGUACCGCACGGACGAGUUCGAGCUGGCGGAGGGCGGGCCGGCGCUGUGGCGGCGCGGCGAGCGCGAGCGGCCCACGCGCGCCGAGUACGUGCGCGUGCUGAGCGACGUGCUCUGCGUCAACAGGAACCUGUGCCUCUGCCGCCACUUCCACGCGCUCGACAUGGCCGCCGUCGAGAGGCGUUCGCCCCGGCUGAAGUUCAUCGACGUGUGGCCGGUGGGGCCGCUGCACGCGUCGCGCGAGGAGGCGUUCAGCGUGCGCGCGCUGUUCGCGCUGCAGCUGGCCGCCGUGGUGCGCUCGGCGCGUGGCUGGCAGCACCUGCGCCUGCGCGUGCACGUGCCGGACGGGCCCCCGCCGGGCGUCGUCGAAAGCGGUCCGGACCUCCGCUCCCGUCUGGAACACCUGCUGACCCUCCUCAGGAUCGACGCCACGAUACAUUGCGUGACAGAUUGGCCAGUUCUCGAAGAUGCAAGUCGGUGGGAUGAGGACUCGGAGGAUAGCACGAUAUACAGCAGGGUGCCCCUGAGCUAUCUGCAAAAGGUCAACGGCCUGAUGCGCGCUCGCUGCGCAGAGGGCACGGCCGUGGCGUUCGUGCAGCUGCCUCGGCCGCCCGCGCUGCCGGCGCAGCCCUCGCCCGCCGACGACCAGCCGUGCGCCCACUACCUCAAGGUACUAGACGAGCUCACCAAGGACCUCUGCCCCACGAUAUUGGUGCGAGGUCUGAAAUCCGUCACGUCCACCGCCCUA